AUGAUCAUCAAAGACGUGGAUGCCAAGGUCGUUGUGUCGUCCAGCGUCAGCGAAAACAAGAUCCCAUCACAAAUCCAACAGGAUAACCGCGUUUUGGUCAACCAGUCUUUCUUGGAGCGUUUGUCAAUUGUACGACAAUUUCCGUUGAAGCACAUUUCACCUUCCCCUAGCAACGCGCUCGCCAAGGGCUUCACCAAAGCCAUCCACCUUGACUCUCCCAACUGCCGGGUAUUGCAGUACUCCUCCUUCUCCUUCGACAUUUCUAUGCUCGAAGUCUUUGCUACCCUGAUGACGGGAUCAUGUCUUUGUAUCCCAUCAGAGGAAGACAGGAUGAACAACCUCGCCAGCUGCAUCUCUAGCAUGAAGGUCAACUGGACGAUGCUGACACCUUCUGUUGCAAGCCUAAUGGUACCGGAGGAAGUUCCAAGCCUCGAGGUUCUGUGUCUCGUGGGAGAAGCAUUGCCGCAGGCUGUCGCUGACACUUGGGCCGACCAUGUCAAAACCAUCAAUGCUUACGGGCCGGCAGAGUGCUCCGCUAUCACCAUUGUCAGUGAGCCGAGGACUAAGGGGGUGAAGAGCAUUUCUCUUGGAAGACCUCCCAACUGCGCCGCCUGGAUUGUUCGAGGAGACGGCCAGCUUGCUUCAUUCGGCGCUGUUGGUGAGAUUGUGAUCGAGGGCCCGCCCGUUGCGCGUGGGUACCUGGGCGACGAGGAGAAGACAAGGGCCGUCUUCUUGGAUGAUCCUGAUUUCCUGCGCGGCGUCGUCCGAAAGCCCAUGCGAUGCUAUCGCACUGGUGAUCUCGGAAAGAUGAAUCAUGAUGGGACCAUCGACUUUCUUGGCAGGAAAGACACUCAGGUCAAGAUCAAUGGACAGCGUGUUGAGCUUGGCGAGAUUGAGCAUCAACUCAGACAACAGUUGAAUUCCGAAAACCUACCCUCGUCUUCUGGGAUGAACUGGGAAUUGAUUGUCGAGCUCCUGCGCCCUGUUAGAGGAGAGCAAAACAUCCUCACGGCAUUCAUCGCCCCCAAGACAAUUUCUGGAACCCAUUUUCAUGGAGAAGGGCAACUUAUCAUUGAGGAGUCACACUCUCUGUGGACGACAAUACAUCGGAAAUUUCUGAAAGCCACUGGAGACCUCGCCAGUGCUCUUCCUGGAUACAUGAUACCAAGGGCAGUUGUACCAUGCAGCACAUUGCCCCUGUCACCGUCGGGCAAGGUCGACAGGAAGACACUCCGCACGUACGGAAACGCAUUGACGUCGAAACAGCUACUGAGAUCGCCAAGCGACAUGGAAGAACACACUAAGUCGGUUGAGUUUCCUGGAGGGCGGUCUACAGAUUUCCCCGAUAGCGAAGAGGAGUCUUCAAUCGGACAGCACACGCUGUUAUCAGACACAUACCCCUCAACUGAGGCUUCGAUCUCGCUAUGCGAGUCUCCACAGUCUAAUCUUACACCAACUGAGAAGUCGCUACGGCUGGCUUGGUCAGAAGUUUUAGGGCUACCCGAAGACUCAAUCCUGCUCGAGGAUGACUUCUUCAAGCUCGGCGGAGAUUCCAUCGGGGCUAUCAGAAUCGUGGCGGCUUGUCGGAAGCAAUCACUCCAGAUCAAUGUUGCGAACAUCUUCAAGAACUCUGUACUGGGCAAAAUGGCUCUCGUUUGUAAGAGUACGACAUCUGAGAAGCAGACAGUGUCUCCUGUCCAGUUCAUUCCGUUCCAGUUCUUGCGGCAAGAGGAUAUCCCAGAGCUGCAAGAGGAAGCUGCUUUCCAGUGCGACGUGGUUGUGAACAGAAUUGAAGACUUGUACCCUUGCACGCACAUGCAAGAGGGUCUGAUGGCCGUCAAUCUCACGCGACCAGGUAGUUACACGGGUCGAUGGGUUCAUCCGCUGCCUCGUGACGUCGAUCUGUCGCGGUUCAGGAAGUGCUGGGAAGAUAUCCAUGCCGCAUCACCAAUACUGCGGACCAGGUUCGCAACAACUUCAACUGCUGGAUCUCUUCAAACUGUUAUCAGUGAGAAUGUCCAGUGGCUUUUGCACGACGAUCUCGAAGUAUACCUUGAGCAAGACGAUGCGAAUCCAAUGUUUCCUGGAGACUCGCUUAAUCGCUUUGCUUUGGUCACAUCAAAAUCUGGCGAUGUGACGUUCGUAUGGACAAUACAUCACAUGCUUUAUGACGGCUGGUCCCUGGCCAUGCUCUGCGACCGACUCAACGAUUCGUAUCACGGCCGCUCUAUCAAACCAGCAACCGAUUACCGCAACUUUAUCGAAUACACACAAAACAUCACGUCAGAGACAUAUGCGACUUACUGGAAGACAGAGUUACAAGCAGUGAGCUUGCCAAAUUUCCCAGCAGCUCCCAAGCCUGGCCACCAGUCCAUUGCCCGAGCUGUGAUCCGCGAUGAACUUUGUAUCAACGUUGAUCAGUCUUCAGGAAUCACCAUGUCAACUAUAGUUCGAGCAGCAUGGAGUCUCAUGAUAAGCCAUUUCUCCCAGUCAAACGACGUGCUUUUCGGUGCAACAGUCUCAGGUAGGAAUGCGCCAUUGGAUAACAUUGAAAGUGUCGAGGGUCCGACGAUAGCCACAGUGCCUGUCAGAGUUCGCCUUGACAAAGGGUCUGAUAUCCUCGAUUUUCUACGAAAGAUCCAGGAUCAUGCCACAGCAAUGAUACCCUAUGAACAGUCCGGAGUCCAACAGAUCAAAUUACUCAACGAAGACACAAGGCGCGCCUGCGAAUUCCAGAAUCUGCUCGUCAUCCAGGCAGGCGGCGGCUGGGAUGAGACUGGGCCCGGCCCCCUCGGGAAGCCCAUCUAUCGCGAGGAGUUUACCACAUUCCCUGUGACAUGCGAGGCAUGGCUUCAUUAUGGACGGAUUGAGUUUGCGACGCAUGUCGAUGAAGAUGUAACAAGUCGGCUAUUUGUUGCUCAAGCCAUUGAAACAGUGAAGGUUGUCAUUAGUCAACUCGCUUGGGCUACAUCUCAGAGCUACAGACCUUCUCAGAUUGCAGACUUGGCCUUUGAGUCAACCUCUACAUCUGUCCAACAACGAGCUUCUCAAACUCUCGAAGCAAAAGAGGUCUCGGCUACACUUCAUCAGCUCAUAACAAAGACGAGUCUGGCGCAACCCCAGAGAGAUGCAGUCGUCUCCACAGCCGCCUCACUCUCUUACGAAGAGCUGGAAGACAUAUCCACGGCACUUGCUGUCCAACUCAUCGACAAGGGCGUCUUGAAGGGAGACAGUAUUCCACUGUGCUUCGAGAAAUCUAUCUGGACUGUCGUUGCUAUGCUUGGGGUCUUGAAAGCCGGCGCUUCUUUCGUAUCCUUAGACCCGAGCCAGCCCGUAUCACGUCUACGAAAGGUUGUUACGCAGGUCAAAGCCAAAACAGUUCUUAUGUCUGCAUUCCAACACAAGGCAACUGAUCUUGGUGCUGUUGCGUCCCUGAUCGUCAAUCGGGAUACUCUUGGCGGGAUCUCCAAGCUCCAGCAUCAACGACAACCACCAGCUCAAGUGACCCCCGACAGCCCUGCAUACAUCAUCUUCACUUCUGGUUCGACGGGAGAUCCCAAGGGUAUUAUCGUUUCCCAUGCCGCGUUUGCCUCCAGUGCGAUGGCCCACGGUUCCGUCUUCGGUAUGAGCCAUGAGCAUCGCGUCUUGCAGUUUUCCGCGUACAGUUUCGACGCCAGUCUGUUUGAGAUCCUCACGACCCUAAUACACGGCGGAACUGUUUGUGUCGCUACUGAGAAAGAACGCUUUGAGAAUCUCGGAGACUUUGCAAGUUCCACGCGUGUUAACCUCGCGCUUCUCACUCCAUCGGUGGCUCGCAUCAUUCGUCCCACAGAGAUGCCGUCUUUGAAAACUCUAGUUCUGGGUGGCGAAGCUCCCGAUGAGGCCUUGAUCAAGAAAUGGCUUGACGCUGGGCUGACUCUCUUCAACGCGUACGGCCCGAGUGAAUGCUCCGUCAUUGCUGCUUGUCAUUCGUGUACCUACGAUACGGACCCGAAAACCAUCGGAAAACCUGUCGGUUGCUCUGCGUGGGUUAUUGCCGCAGAUGAUGACACGGUACUGGUUCCGAAUGGACAAGUUGGCGAGUUACUCAUAGGUGGUCCGACUUUAGCCGAUGGCUACUUAAAUGACUCUGAGAAAACAAUUGCUACGUUUCUCUCGCGAGUGCCAUGGAUAUCUAGAGAGAAACAUACGAGCACAUAUAGGUUGUACAAGACUGGGGAUCUUGUGAAGAGAGCGACCGACGGAACUUUGGUGUACGUGGGACGAAAGGACCUCCAAGUCAAGUUGAACGGCCAACGAAUCGAACUCGGCGAUAUUGAGUCACAUAUCGCUGGAUGUUGUUCCGUCAAGCGCGGGAUUGUUGUUUUCCCCUCGUCGGGACCAUUCUCACACCAACUUGUGGCGGUUCUUGAGCUUGAGGAAGAAGAAGAGGGCGAGAGACUGUCUAGUCUUCACCAGAUCAUGACUCGAUUCAAUAUCGUCGCAGAGGAAAUUCGCCAAGAGUUGAACGGCAAACUUCCAAGCAUCAUGCUUCCUGCACACUUCAUUGACGUUGCGACCCUCUCUCAAGAAAGAUUUCCACUUUCGACCUCAGGCAAGGUCGACAGGAACAAGGUCACAGCAUGGGUCCAAUAUCUGUCCGUCAGAGAAUCUGCGAUCCUCGACACUUCUGCACCGAUACCAAGUACAGUGGCGAUAAUCCAGUCCCACGAGCUCCCCGCCUACGAGCUGGCACAGGAGAUCACAAAUUUGGUGUCUCAGAGGACUCCUUCACCAGGGCCCCGGCUAGACGGCUUCAACGAUCUGCUGUUACACACCUCAGGUCUAGAUUCUCUCAACAUGAUGUCGCUCAUGCACUUCGUUCGCCUGAAGUAUAAUGUCAGAGUCAGCAUGCAGCUGCUCAUGGACGAGCAAACGAGCAUCAGGAAGCUGGCAGCUUUCAUCAGCCGUGCUGCUUCCAAUGAUCUAGUGCCUUUGACGUCUUCUACCAUCAACUCUGAGACUCGGCGAAUUGAUUUGAUGGCUGAAAUCGAUCGCUUAGAUGCGGGGCUCCAGAAACUUCCAGGCAUAUUAUUUCAAGAUGUCCAAGACAAUUUCACCAAGAAGACAGGCAAUCUCAGGGUUUUCCUUACUGGUGCAAGUGGAUACUUGGGUACUCAAAUUCUACGACAACUUCUGGAACGGCGCGAUGUUGCGCUUGUCACCACUCUCGUACGCGGAGCGACACCUGAAGCAGCGAAAGAUCGUGUGGUUGAGGCUGCACAAAAAGCUCUGUGGUGGACAGAAUUCCACGAAGACAAGCUGGACGUCUGGAUGGGGGAUCUUGCGAAGAGUAUGCUCGGCCUCGGCCAGAACCAAUGGGAUCUGCUGAGCGAUGGACACACAUUCGAUAUCAUCAUUCAUAAUGGUGCGAUUGUCCAUUGGAACAAGAGCUAUGCUGCCUUAGAGGCGGUCAACAUCCGCUCAACAGUCCAGCUUCUUGGCAUUGCCGUUCAGAAUCCGGCUAUGCGAUUUGCAUAUGUGUCUGGUGGACGACAAUGGAGGAGUACCGAAGAACGAGACGAGGAUAUUGCGCGAGAGCUUUCGGACUCUAUGGGAUACAGCCAGACAAAGUUCGUUGCUGAGGUUCUCGUCAAGAGAGCUGCGGAGCGGUGUCCGGUCUCACAGCGGAAUAUUCGCGUCUUCAGACCUGGGCUUAUCAUCGGGACACCCGCGGAAGGUGUGGCAAAUUUGGACGACUACAUCUGGAGGCUCACGGCUGCAAACAUUGAAAUGGGCAUCUACAAUGCGGACGAGGAGCAGGCAUGGCUGCAUCUCUCCGACGCUGCUACAACUUCGGUAGCUGCCAUUCGCACCGCAUUCAAUCCAGGUUCAUCUGCUAGUCCGGUGACACAGCAUGAAGAGGGAAUAACUUGGGGAGCGUUCUGGACUUUGGUCAAGGGAAUGGGCUAUAAAAUCCGUCCUGCGCGUGCUGCUCAAUGGCUAUCAACAGUCAGAAACGACAUCUUGCGUCGGAAAGAGGAGCAUCCCCUUUGGCCGCUGGCUCACCUGCUCGAAGACGGUAGUAUGGAGUGGGAAGAGGCGGCCAAAAGCCAAGAUAUGUGUCCGUUGCAGCUCAAGGUAGCUUUGAAGAAGAAUGUUGAAGCUCUGGUGAGGGUGGGUUUCCUGCCGGCCGCGCGUCAAGCCCAAGAUCUUCGAGUUGUUGGGGGCACUUUUUCUAGGACAUGA